AGUGAGUGACCUACUACAGUAUUAGAUCCAUUCUGAGUUAAUUAAAACUAUGACAUAACAUCCUUUGAGGGAGACUAGAGAUGGUGGACUACUACAGAAUACUCGGUGUUUCUCGGACCGCUACUGAGGCAGAAAUUAAAAAAUCUUACAGAAAGCUAGCGCUGAAAUGGCAUCCAGACAAGAAUCCAGACAAUGCAGACGAAGCAAAUAGACGAUUUAAAGAGAUAUCUGAGGCUUACGAAGUUCUUUCAGAUGAAAACAAGCGGAAAUUGUAUGACGCAAGGGCAUCCAGUCAUCACAGUCACAGAUAUCAAAGCAAGAACGGAGUUAAUGGUCAUCGGCACUUUAGCUUCAAAGGUUUUUUUGGAGACACACCCUUCCAUCGUUUUUUUGAGAGGAAGCGUCGGGUGUACGAUCAGUACGGCAAGGAGGGGUUGAACAGCAGCAGGGGCCGACAUACCGCAACCGAUGAAGACUACGACUUCGGCUAUCACAGUUUUCCCUUCACAUUCCGAGAUCCGGAGGAGGUGUUCAGAGAAUUUUUCGGCGGUUCAUGUUUCGGCGACCUGUUUCCUGAUGUAAACGGUCACGGUCACAUCCGGCACGGGCGCCGCGGCCACCACCCGGGCACGUCGCUCACGUCGUCGCUGUUCAGCCCCUUCGGGUUCGGCAUGCAGGGCCUGGACGACAUGUUCGCGCACUCCAACGGGAACUCCUUCACGUCCUUCUCGACGUUCAACAGCGCCAUGGCGGGCCCCGGCAGCGCCAACAUGCGGAGCACCACCACCACCACGCGUGUCGUUAACGGAAAGAAGAUUACGACUAAAAAGGUAACGGAGAAUGGACGCGAAACCGUAAUGUCCUACGAGAAUGGGGUUCUAAAAUCAAAGACUGUCAAUGGUGUCCCUCAAUCCCUAACAUACAGCUAAAUAAAUAACUACUUACAACCAAACCUGAUCCAAA